UUAACCAAUACGUAUAUAAGUCAUUGCACAACAUAUUGAAAUAUUUGUUUUUAAUAUUAACUUGAAUGUAUCCAUAGGGAAACUUUUCUGGCACAUAGCAUUAUAUGUAGAUAUACGUGUAUCGAGAAUUAUAUCUUCUUUGUUUGAAAACAAGAUUGAUAACGUAUCCCAAUGGCAGACAUAGGCGUUUUACCAGAUGAAAUCUUGGUGUUCAUCUUUCACUUCAUGCUCCAGUCAGAUAUUGUUUCUGUUAUAAGAAACGUUUGCAUUCGUUGGAAAAUGCUUUCCUUCUCGCCAACAUUAUGGAGGCGACUGUGUAUGGUUGAUCUAGGAGGAGAGAAUCAGAAAAUCAUGUGGUCAGACGAAAACAUACAAACGGUCAAGUCAUUUGUGAAAAGUCUGUAUAUAAGUCUAUUUUCCAAUCAAGGUGGCGAGUGUUUGAAUAAAUUAAUAAAACAUGAUUUCAUUGAGAUGAAGGAAUUAACUUUACGAGAUUCACAUUUCGGAAAUAGUAAAUUUAUAGAAAUUUUAGAAUUUCUGGCAAAUCGAAACAGAAAUCUGUCUUGCCUGACUGUGAAAUUUGGUGCAUGUGAACAUUUAGAAAAAUACUUUGAUAUCAUAUCAAAUAUCAAAUUACGUACACUAGAAAUUAACCAUGGUGGUUCUGCUUUAGGAUUGAGGCAAAAGUGCAAACAAUGUUCAGAAGAAAAAUGGAAAAAUUGCUUGGUCAAAUUGUGUUGUGCAAAAGGCAAAUAUUUGCGCAAUUUGUCUUUAGGUGUGAACCGUGUGAAUGACGAAACUGUGUCUUCUAUAUUACAUCAUUGUAGCAACUUAACAACAUUAGAACUCGAUAAAACAAUUACUUCCUACAGAUGUUUUAUGGAUAUCCAACAAAAUAUCAAUUUGAGGAAUAUAAGCCUGUUUAACAUUAAUAUCAAUGAUGAUACUUUAAUUGGCAUCGCUCAGUUUGCACCUUUUCUCAUCUCCUUCUCAGUAGAAGGUAAUUUAGGCUCUAUUUCAACAAAAGGAAUACAGAAAAUAUCAGAAAGCUGUAGAUACCUUGAAAAGUUAUCUUUCAAAAACGACCAUGAUCAUGCACCCAAACUUACAGAUUCGAAUCUAUUUACCAUAGCUUCAAAUUGUAAAUCUCUUAAAUACAUACAAUUUCAGUCUUUAAAACAUAUAACAGAUGCUGGUCUUCAAGCUGUUUUUGAAAAUUGUAGCAACUUACAAACUAUCAUAGUAAAUGAUUGUUUUAACAUUACAGACAAAUCACUUAUAAAUAUUGGAACAAACUGCAAACGACUGAAACGUCUCGAAUUCAGUGGACAUUUAACCGGAUAUAACAAAAUGACAAGCGCUGGAUUCCAGCAUAUACUUUGUAAUUUGAAAUAUCUUGAUGACUUAACGUUUGCGUCUUUGAAAAAUUUAAAACAUGUUCGAUUAUAUCCUGCUACAAUGUCUGCUUGCGAUGAACCAGCAAAUCUAUCAAACAAGAAUGCAAGAUCAUUGGCAGAUACUAAAGACCAUGGAAAUCAUAAGAUAUCUGACUUGGAGUUUAAUAUCUCUCAACACCAGGAGUCUAAUCACACUCGUAGAUUACAUGACCAUUGUCACCUUAAAAGGUUAAACCUGGCAAGAUGUGAUUCUUUAGAUGAUGAGUCCAUUUUACAAAUAUUGAACUACUGUCCGGAUCUUCAUCGCCUAGAUUUAUUCAACUGUGUUGGGUUAACUCUUAACAUAAAGGAUAACAUUUUUGAUCUUUGUGAAUUCAUUCCAGAGAUAAAAAUAGAUGGUAUAAUUUGUCAAAGAAAAUUAAUUACUUGAUUAUUAAAAUAUU